GGAAAAUGCAUGAAAACUGGUCAAACCGCUUGCCAAAAGAUUUAUCCAAAAUAUUUCGAAGAUAAUUUUUCGCGACGCCAUUUUGAAAGGAAUUGAAAAUGGAGUCGUUGAAGGUUCUGGCCGUUUGUUUGAGUCUGGUGUAUGUCGCAAAAGCCAGCUUUUUCGAAGUUCGAUACCCGAGCGUGGUGGUCGCAGCAGAAACUGGCGGGAAUCUAACCAUUGAGGCUGGCCCCAACGCUGGCAACAUCUACAUGACCCCUGGAACGAGGGGAACAGUGUUCAUCGGACGGACGGACAUGCUCAAGCUGUUUGAGAUCGUGAACAGCCAGCCUCCGAUCUGGGGUCAGAAGGCUCCUUAUGGCUCCCUAGGAACUUUCCUCGGGGGAGACAAUAUCACUGUUCAGCUCACAGCCAUGGAUCCAGAAGGCUCGAAACUGAGAUUCGAGAAGAUCGCCGGUGCUUUGCCUCCCGGCGUGUUACUCUCUGCUUCAGGUCUGCUGAGCGGAGUGGCGCCCGAUGUAGACGCUACGUACGAAUUCGGCAUCCGGGUGGUGGACGAGCAGGGGAAAUACGCUGACCAGACGUUCACCAUCGAUACCCGAGAGCUGGACCAGUGUCGCUCUAACCCCUGCAAGAACAACGGGGUCUGCACGGACGCGUACGGUAACUACACUUGCCACUGCACAACACAAUACGGCGGACGCACGUGCACAAUAAAUUGUGAGAACGAGGCUGUGGGCGUGGCUUAUGGUGUUCGGAAGAUCCCGGAUGCGCAGAUGUCGGGCUACUACGCGUUCGGCGGAAGUGACCACAAGGCGUACGAGGGCCGCCUCGAAAGUACCACUGGGUGGAUCGGCGAGAACGCGGCCUCGUGGCUGCAGAUUGAUUUUGGCAACGAGCGGAAGGUUCACGCUGUUGCCACGCAAGGCUACUCGGACACGUUCAAUCUGGUCACCUACAAACUCGCAUGCAGCGUCGACGGCAACUCGUUCAUUGACGCGGCGUCAAAGAAUUUUACCGGAAGUGGAGCGAGCUUCAAGACGAUUACGAAGCAAGUUCUCCCGUCUCCAGUCAUCUGUCGCUACCUUCGCUUCCUUCCGCUCACGUGGACGAAUUCACAUCCGGGUUUUCGCGUAGAGGUUUACGCAUGUGACGAAUACUAAGGAUCUUUGUCUUUAAAAAUGGGACUUACUUUUUCAGAAAAGUGACUACUUUCUUUAUAAAAUGAACUGGAAAUCUGCUUAGAAAAUGCUCACACUAUGUGUUUAUGCUAACAAUUGGACUGUCAUCAAAAUAUUGCUGAAGUUUACGUCAUAUAUUAAUAAGAUUUGCAUAACUAACCCUCAAGUAACAUAAAAGACACGAAACUUGUAUGUACAUGUACAACUACAAAUAUAUGAAUACACCAA